AUGACUGUUGAUGCUGCUGCAGGAGGAGCUUUGAUGAACAAAACAAUAGACGAGGCAUACACUCUCAUUGAAGACAUGGCUCAGAAUCACUAUCAAUGGGCGAACGAGCGUGCUCCUCAGACAUCAAAAGGAGGCAAGUAUGAAAUAGAUGCUUUAGACCAUAUAUCCUCUAAAGUUGAUGCUUUAUUUAAGAAAGUUGAAGGUUUGAGUAUUAAUUCUGUGGCGUCUACUUCAAUUUCAUGUGAGAUAUGUGGCUAUGUGGGUCAUUCUGCACUUCAAUGUCAAUUAGGAAACCCCCCAUCCAUUGAUACUUCUGGUAAUGAGCAAGUUAACUAUGUUAAUAACUUUAAUCAGAAGGGAGACCCAUUCUCCAAUACUUAUAAUCCGGGGUGGAGGAAUCAUCCUAAUUUUUCUUAUAGAAAUCCACCUGGAAAUCCCAUGCCUGUAUCUGAUUUUGGUCCACCUGGUUUUCGUGCUCCUCAAUCCAAUUUCCCUUCUCAAAAGUCAAAUUUGGAAAAUAUGAUGGAGAAGUUUGUGACGACUCAAUCAAAAUUGAAUGAAGAGUUUAAGCAGCAACAACAAACCACGAAUGAGGUGGUGAAACAAUUGGCCUCUAAGAUGGAUUCCCUAGCUACGCAUAACAAGAUGUUAGAGACACAAAUCACCCAAUUGGCACAAAAUGUUAGCUCUUCCUCUAGGCUUUCAGGCAUGCUACCUGGACAACCCGAGACAAAUCCCAGGAGUCAUGUGAAUGCUAUAACUCUUAGAAGUGGAAAACAAUAUGAGGGACCCAAGAUGAAGGAAAAUGAUGGGGUGGAUGGUCAUCAUGAAGAAAAAAAUGAAAAUGUGAUAGAUGUGGAUAAUGAGACCCAAACGCAAGAAGAAGAAAAAGUUGAAAAAUAUGUGGCCCCCGCUCCUUACAAGCCUCCUCUACCAUUUCCCCAAAGGUUAGCUAAGGCUAAGUUAGAAAAGCAGUUCGGAAAAUUUUUGGAGAUUUUGAAAAAGUUGCACAUCAAUAUCCCGUUCACUGAAGCUAUUUCUCAAAUGCCUUCUUAUGCUAAGUUCUUGAAAGAGAUCCUAUCUAACAAAAGGAAGUUGGAAGAAUACGAGACUGUGGCCCUUACUGAAGAGUGUAGUGCUAUCAUCCAAAACAAGUUGCCUCCUAAUCUUAAGGAUCCAGGUUCAUUUUCUAUUCCUUGUGUUAUUGGUAAUGUCUCUAUUAACCGUGCUUUGUGUGAUUUAGGUGCAAGCGUAAGUUUGAUGCCGAUGUCUAUUUGUAAGAAGCUUGGCAUAGGUGAUUUGAAGCUAACCACGAUAUCACUCCAAUUGGCGGAUUGA